ACUAAUAACAAAUAUGAUUGUGAAACAUUGAGGGGUGGUUUUUUUGUAAUUAUUAGAUGUAAAUUAAAUUAAUCAGCUGCAGUCCCCAAGAAUACAUUUAUAAAAGCCUUUUAAGUAGAAUUUAAGACAAAUUUAACCACAAGUUUACAAACCUAACAUACAUAAAUCAUUAAAAACAAAAAAUACCCAUUCAAGUACAGAAUGGCAAAAUACCACUGUAUAUUGAACGAAUGUCUUGUAAGAGUUUAAUUGUAUUUUAUUAAGAAACAAUGCUGUUAAUUUUAAUUGAUUAUUAUUUAUAAAUAUUUUAACAUGGAAUUUUGUUUUUCUGUUAUUAUUUUGAAGUUGAAGAAGUAAAGAAGAAAUGGAAGAAUCUUGUAGAUACCUACAGGAAAGAAAAAAAAAUUAUAGAUGAAAAAACUAGAAGUGGUGCUGGUGUGGAUGACCUCCACAAUUGUAAGUGGAAAUGGUUUCCUCAAAUGCACCUUCUAAUGAAUAUAGUCAAUGGACAGGAUGAACAAUUUUCACAAACUUGUAGCAAUCUUUCAUUAAAUGAUGGCCUACAAAGUGAAGAUAUGGAAGAGAUGUGUCCUGUGCAGGUGUCUUAUCCAGAAAGUCCAAAUUUUCAAAGUCCUUCAAUGGAUAUUUCAAAAGAUGUACCAUGCACAUCAUCAUCAUCAUCUACAGAAUUCUCAACAUUGCCAAAGCGUCGAAAAAAAAGUAAGGAACAAGAUGAUGUGCACAAUCUAAUCCAACUGACGGAGACAAUGGUAAACCGUCAACAAAAAGAAGAUGAACUAUACCAUUAUUGUGUCAGUUUAGCUGACAGAUUAAGAAAUCUGAGUCCACAAAAGCGAGCAGAGGCUCGUUUUAAGAUAGAGGAAAUUAUGUAUAACAUUACAAAAGAACAUUUAUGA